UUUUAUCUUCUCUUUUUCGUUGCUGUUCGGCUUCGUUGCUUUGCAUGGUCAAGAGAUUGCACGCCUCGCUUCUUCGGCUCAUUCGAGGCUUUUCGACUUCGCUCCUUCGACGACUUUCCAUUGCUGUCGGAUCGGAAGUUACGACAUUUUGAUCGGAAGCAAGAACGGGAGCUCGCUGGCUGUGAAGAAUGCAAGAGAAAGAAACCACCAUUGGUCUCUCAUGGGCUCCAAAAGUGUCAAUGCCUUCCAGCGGAAAGAAGGAUAACUUGGUGGAUUCACUUAGUUUAUCGGAAACUUCUAUCUGGAAGGCUGGCAGUGAACUUGUUGAUGGGUUGUAUGUACCUCCUAGGGAGCCAAAAAAGUUAAAUAAGUUGCUGAGGAAAAAUAUGAAAGACACAACAGGAAAAAGUUGGUUUGAUAUGCCAGCUCCAAUCAUCACUCCCGAGCUAAAAACAGAUCUUGAAAUUCUCAAGUUGAGGAAUUUUAUUGACCCUAAAAGGCAUUUCAAGAAGGGAGAUAAGUCUAGAGGACCACCCAAGUAUUUCCAGGUGGGAACUGUGGUUGAAUCAGCAUCCGAGUUCUUCUCAGGAAGACUAACGAAGAAGGAGAGGAAAUCUACAUUGGCGGAUGAAUUACUCUCUGAUAGUACCUUCCAAACAUACAGGAAACGUAAAGUUCAAGAAGUAAAUGAGAGUCGCCGUCCUGGUGGAGUUAGUAAAUGGAAGAUUAAGGGAAAGGCUACGUGGAAGAGAGCCAACGAAAGAAGGGGCAGAUGAACUCGUUAGGAUUAUAACAAAAUAUUUCAUUCAAGUAUGUUAUUUUUAUUCGCCAAAGCCCAUUAUUUCCCUGUUUUUAUUGUUUCUGUUACUUAGGUUUGUUAGAAAUGAUCUGUGUUUCUCCAUUGUAGUGUUGGAAUUGAGUUAAUGCUUACUGCUAUGGGCUUAAUGGAGAAAAAAAAAACGUUUAGAACUU